GCGGCAGUUCUGAACACGCCUGAAAGUGGCGUGUCGUGCAGCAGGCGAGUGUCCUGGAUUGUAGACCCACACCCACAGUGUGCACAAUGUUGAGGGUUUUGUGUUUUGUGUGUGUGAUGUUUGGCGUAAACUGUGUUUCGGCGCCGUUUAUCAAACCGUGUGCAAAAUCGGACUCUGCGUGCAUCCAGGCGUCAGCGCGAGCGGCAAUACCGUACUUCAUUACUGGGGUUCCCGAGCUGGGCAUCUCGUCGCUGGACCCGCUCAAGCUGGCCGUCAUCAAGGGCGACCAGGAGGGGCUCCGGCUCACGUUUACGAACACUGUCGUCACGGGACUGAGGGACGCCGCGAUUGAGGACAUCAAACAGGAUGCUGGCAAGCUGACGGUGACGGCUCGCAGCUCGGUGGCGCUGCGCGGCGACUACACGCUGGGCGGGCGACUGCUGCUCUUCCCCAUACGGGGGGAAGGGAAAUAUAACAUCAAGAUCCAGGACAUCGUCAUCAAAUCCACCGUCGACUUGAAGUCGGUCGAGGGCGCUGACGGCAAGCCUCACUGGAACAUCACCAAGUGGCGCCAUUCUUACCGGGUGCACACCGGAGCACAAUUUGAUUUUGACAACCUGUUUAACGGGAACAAGUUUCUUGCCACGCCCGUGCACGAAUUCGUGAACCUCAACUGGCGGGAGGUGAUGCAGGAAGUAGCGCCGCCGAUCGUGCGCGCCAUAGUCGCUGUCGUCAUAGACAACAUCAGGGCACUCUUCAAUAUGGUGCCCAUCGAUGAACUUCAGUUAUAGUGAUGGAGUCGAUACAUUUGUUAACUUUUGAAUAUUUUCUUUCUCCAGAUUAGCGUUAUGUUCUAUCUACUUUUAUCUACCAGUUAAAUGCUUAAGCGUAUUUAAGGUAGCUAGCUAUCUAAAAUAAUCUUACGAUCUGUGUUUAAGCUUACGAUCAAGGAAGUUGUUUAAGACAACGUUAACAAAGUUCUAUUUGUGCUAUAAUAUUUUCGAUUCUUAUUGCUUGGUGCAGUGUAGAUUAUAGUUUUUAUUCACGGGGAACUUUAUUUUAUAUAUAAUAUGCAGUGAGAAUUGUGACUUGUUUCCGUCCAUCCAUGACUUGCGCCAAUGACUCUAUCAACCAUCACAGCAAUCUUCAAAGAACGGACAAUCCCGUAAAACAGUCAUGCUAGUCAUAGUUUGUUUUCUUUUUAUAAUAAUUAAUAAAACUUAUAAUUAUAAAUUUUGUUGUUUCAUUUUGAACUAAAG